UAAGUGACGCUCCUGUAGAAAAAAUGGCUCAGAACAGGCAAGCUUCUCUGGUGAAGUACGACACACCUCUGCUCGUGACAACCAAGAAGAAAGGCUCUGGAAGAAUCAAGACCUCAGCCACUGAUCCCAGUCAACCCACGGAUGUUUCAGAGAGCAGCAUGACGAGCGCGCCAGGCAUGACUGGCAGCGUCCCGGCAGGCGGGGCGCUGGGCACGACAGACGCGGAGGAUCAGCCCAGGGUCCCGGGGCUGCAGGAGCUCAGGAACAUGGAAACUGAAGAGGUCCUAAGGCUCAUCCUACCUCCUCGGCAGUGGGAGCAGGAAGGUCAGUUAUGGGUUCAGUCAGUGUCAACAACUCCUGCCACAUCUGUAGACGUGCAGCAGCUGCAGGAGCAGCUAGACUUACGUCUGCAGCAGCUCGCAGCUUACGAGAAUGGCAUCUGUCCUGUCAGAAGAGAGUUGUACACUCAGUGCUUCGAUGAACUCAUCCGACAAGUGACCAUCAACUGCUCAGAGCGCGGCGUGCUGCUGUACCGCGUGCGCCACCAACUCAGCGCUGAGCUGCACGCCUACCAGCGCCUCUACACCUCGGCAUGCGCCUAUGGGGUGCGCAAGGCGCUCAUGGCAGAAGAGCACAAGGUGCGCCUUAGCAGCGCAUGCGAAGAGAAGCGACAGCAACUGCAACAGUUACAGGAGAGAGCGGAGCAGCUGAGGGGUGAGAUCGAGCAGCUGCGGCAAGAGGAGCAGCAAGUCAGGCAAGAGGAGAGCGAAAGGCACCUCGAAGCGAGGCAGGCCCAACAAUCAACUAUAGAAAUUCUUAAGAAAAAGCUUGAAGGAAUCAUCAAACAAGCAACGCAAACAAAGAAGUGAAAUA